GGGGAAAUGGGUUGGGUUACUGAGGCGGUGACUUUCCUCCCCUUGCUGCUGGCUGAGAUAAGAGCUGAAAAACCACAAACGUGUCAGAAAAACAACCAAAUUCACCCUUUAGCUUCAAGGACACGCACUUGUUCACAAUGACUGACUCAAGCUCUGUAAAUCAGGGACAAACAGAAGAUGGGGAUGGUGGUAGUAAAAGGAGCAAAAAGAAGCAGAAGACGGGAGAGAACUGGCGACAAGAAGGACCCAGGGACCCUUUUGCGAUGCUGGACGCUCUUCCAGAGAAGAAGCAGCAGGAGAUCCAGAGAGCUCUCCACCUCUUCUCACUGGGCCCCAGUCUGCCAAAAACCCUGCAGCAGGCCAAAAAUCACACAUACCACUUCUGGGACACGCAGCCCGUCCCCAGACUGGGUGAAAGUAAUGUGACUCAUGGCCCAAUAGUAGUGGGUGAAACCAGUGUCCGAAAGGAACCAUUCUCACUACCUCAGGGUUUCUUCUGGGACACCCUAGACCUCAGCAGUCCUACUGUGAUGACAGAGCUUUGCACUCUACUCAAUGGAAACUACAUGGAGGAGGAUGACAACACAAUCAGAUAUGACUUCUCUCCAGACUAUCUCAAAUGGGCUUUACAACCUCCUAACUGGCUGGUCCAGUGGAACUGUGGUGUGCGAGUAAACUCCAAUAACAAGCUGGUAGGCUUCAUUGCUGCUGUUCCUGCAGAAGUCCGCAUUUAUGAGAUGGAGAAGCGGAUAGUACAGGUCAAACUGCUGUGUGUUCAUAAGAAACUGCGCCUCAAGCGGAUGACUCCAGUUCUGAUCCGAGAGCUCACCAGACGGGUCAACCAGCAGGAAAUCUACCAGGCAGUCUACACAGCUGGCAUAGUGCUGCCUACACCUUUAAGCUCCUGCAGAUUCUGGCACCGUCCCCUGAAUCCACGAAAGUUGACUGAUGUGGACUUCCCAGGUCUGAGGCAGAACAUGAACCUGCAAAGAGCUCUCAAAUUCAACCGUCUGCCUGAGGUGACAAAGACCCCUGGCCUGCGCCCGAUGACUAAAAAAGAUGUUGCUGGAGUACGCUCUCUUCUCCAGUCACACCUCUGCAAGUUUCACCUCAGCCCCGUCUUUUCUGAGCAGGAAGUGGAGCACUGGCUGCUGCCGAGGGAGAAUGUGAUUGACACCUAUGUGGUUGAGAGAGGUGACGGCACACUGACGGACGUGGUGAGUUUCCACAGCACUACCUACAAGGUCUUAAAUCACCCGGUCCACUCUGGGUUGAAAGUAGCCAUUCUCUUUUACAUCGCCUCGACUUCUACAGAUGCGGUCGAUCUCAUGGAGGACACACUGGUGCUGGCUAAAUCUACAGGUUUUGACAUCUUCUCUGCUCUGGACGUGAUGGAUAACAAGAGUUUCCUCGAGAAGCUCAAGUUCAGCGUCCACGAGUCAAGCCUCCACUACUACCUGUACAACUGGAAGUGUCCUAACAUAAGCCCAGACAAGGUGGGAUUGUUGUUACCAAACUGACUGUCCACUUAAACAGGAAAGAGUGAUGAAGAAGAAUGCACCAGAGAGAUUGUCUGGGCAUAUGAAUGAACACCAUCAUGGAUUUCGGUUUUAAAUGAAACGGUCAAACUGGAGGAAACACAAACACACUCAUGAAUCAAUAAAAGAAAUAAAGACAACAUUCCAUUUGUCAGUACAUCCAUCAUCAACGUGUCUGCUAUUCAGUGAGCCAUGAACACAUCGUUUCUGACAUGAUGGGCUAUUGAGUAAACAAAUUCAGGCAGUUCAAAA